AAUGGAAAGUAAAACGAUAAUUAAUUAAACACGUUCUUAAAAAUUCCGUUUUUUUAAUCAUCCCUCAAACGCACCUACUGAUUAGCACAGAAGCAGAAGUAACGGGUAGAGAGAGUUUAGCGGGCCGGGCAUAUUUCGGCAACAAAUACUUAAAACAGCCGGGUUUGAACUUUUAUCGGGACCAGAAAGACGUUAUGAAAAUGCUUCAAUUUUCACUACAAACAGGGGGAACUACAGCUCAAUCUGCAGCAGCUAACUGCUAAUGCUAACCACCCAUCCCCGCUUCCUCCUCUCCAUGCCGGCGGAGGUCUCCGCGGGGCUGCCAUGGCGAAGAUCCGGGUGUCGUACGAGUACUCCGAGGCUGAGGACAAGAGCAUCCGGCUGGGUUUGUUCCUGAUCGCCUGCGGGAUUCUCAGCCUCUUCAUCCUGGGCUUCUGCUGGCUCAGUCCGACGCUGCAGAGCCUGCAAAGCAAGCCGGCCAACUGCACGGUGGUGUCUGUGCUGCGUCCUGAGGAGAUGUUUGAGUGUGUUUUUACGUGCGGAGCCGACUGUAAGGGAACGUCGCUGUAUCCCUGCCUGCAGAUCUUUGUCAACAACUCCGAGUCCAACUCUGUGGCGCUGCUGCACUUCGACGAGCAGCAGCUGGUCCUCAAUCCAAAGUGCUCCUACGUCCCCCCCUGUGAGAGGGACAAUCAGAAGAACAAAGACAACGUUCUGCUGUGGGAGGAUUACUUCACCAAAGAGGUCAGCAGCCAGUCCUUCACCUGCUUCUUCAACCAGCAGAGGAGGCCUGACGACGUGCUGUGGCAGCGUUCCCAUGACACCAGCGUCCUGCUGCACUGCGUCCUCUGGCCAAUGGUGUCUCUCCUUCUGGGCACGCUCAUUGUGCUGCUGACGGUUUGCGCCCGCUCCCUGGCCGUCAGAGCCGAGGCGCUGCAGAAGAGAAAAUGCUCCUACGAGGUUUGCCAGGACUUGUCCAUCACCACCUCUGAUCGCCGCGGCAACAAACCCGGGGACCUCCUGGCAACGAACUCUGACCCCGAGCUGUCGUCGCCAUCAAGGACCCUGCCUCUGUUUGAGGUACCAGUGAGGCGACGGGAUCGGGAACAUUAAGCCAGAGAGGAAACUUGGUUUCUCAACUGGAGCCGCUGAUGGGCGACUGGACGCCACGGAGAAGCGACAGCCGCAGUGAAGGGCUGCUGUGAUCUUCAUCAGGAGGAAGAUGAGGGUAAAUCCACUCUGGUUCACCUGAAACACUCUAGCAGAUCUUCUCAUUCAGCCUGAUCAGCAGGAGCUGAAUCCACCUCAACCGGUCCCAUAAUUCAUCCUAAAUUAGAAAGGAUGGAAGGAACUCAUCCUUUCUAAUUUAGGAUGAAUUUCCUAUCAAAGCUUUUAUUUCUCACAUUUACACUGCAAAAACACAAAAAAUUACCAAGUAACUUUGGUCUGGUUUCUAGUCCAAAUAUCUUAGCACACUUGAAAGAAGACAAACUAACUUAAAAGUUACACACCGAAUUCCACUGCACAUCUAUGUGUUACGGUUGUCAUAGUCAAGCUAGCAUAACUGAACUACUUCCCUUCCACUCGCUAUUUUUCUGUAAUUAAAACUGUUUCCUGACCUUGUUAUCUAAUUGUCAAUUAUUAAGAUUUAGUGUGUUAUUUUAAUAAAUUAACAGCUAAAAUUAAUGCUAGUUAGCAAGCAGCUUUUUGCCUACAGCCAGGAGAUGGUGUGGGAACUUGCGACGUCACGCUGGAAGGAGUCUGUAGUUUGCUAAGAAGUUACUUUUAAGUUAGUUUUGCUGUAUUUCAAGUGCACUGAGAUAUUUAUGCUACAAACUAGACCAAAAAUACUUGGUAAGAUUUUGUGUUUUUGCAGUAUAUUACAUUUUUCUUUGUUAAAAGCAAAGAGUUUCUAUAUUUACUCAUUAUUUUUUGGGCAGGGUAAUUAAAGCAGGUGCGAUCAUUUAAAUAAAGAAAAAAAAAACUCUCCUUUAUGUAUUUGCUGAGCUUUCACUUUGCACUUCCAGUAAUCCCCAAGAGAGCUCAUUAUAAAACAAGAAAGUGCUUCUUCUAGUCUGAUCCGGUAGAAUAUGCAAAACAACAGUAAAUCCACUAAUCACAACCAAAGCAGAUCUCCAGCGCAGAUUGUUUUCCUUCAUUGUUUAUCAGCAGCGACGCUUUUCUUACAUUAUUCCACUUCAGAAAUCACAAAGAACUUUAGAUAUUUAAUCUUGAUUAAUCUUACUAUUGUUCUUGAUAAAACUGAGUCUUAAUGUUUGUUGGACUUUUCAGAAAGAUGUAUUGAUAAAAUUAGACUUAAUCUUUAUUUUAUAAUCAGUUUUAUCGUGUAAAAUGCAUUAUUUGUCUAUAAGAUUUGAAAAGAGACCAAACAUCUCUCAAGCUUCGUUUCCAUUGACCACUUAACUGCGCCAUUUACAUUUGAAAAUAAAUGUGCUUAAUGGAAGCGUGGCAAGAAUGUUUUCGCUUUUUAUUGUAGCUUUUUGUGUAAAAAUGCAUUUUCCUUCUGAAUCCCAGCAGCCAAAAUGUUUCAUGAUCGCCUCUGGAGGAAUUACAUGUGAAUAUUAUUGGAUGUUUGGUUCCUGAUCAUCAUCCAUUCCUCUGUGUUAAUGUUAUAUUUCACGACUCGCCUAAAACUUCCCUCCAUUUUAUAUUUUUUUAUAAAAACUGAAAACGGCUCGAUGAAUUAAAGCCCUAACUGUAAAAGUUCUGAGAACAUAAACGACCGAUGGAAGAUUAGCUUUGAUCUAUAAUUAGAUGGUUUUUAAUUAACCGAAGCUGAUUUUCCUUUGAUAAUAUUCAUCUCAAUCAUAAUUGAGAUGAAUAUUAUCUCAAUUGAUAAUCUCCAAGAUUCAAAUAAAUUAUUUUUUUAUCCAAAUGUUCAUAAAUGGAUCUGUGAAUACUGUUCACAAUUAGGUUACAUCAAUUUAUAAAUAUCAAUCAGAUCAAAGUUUAUAAAUCUAAAUCCUGUUAGAUCCAAUCAGAUUUCAUAAAUACUGAUCCAAACAGAAAACUGAAUUUUCUUACCAGUUCUGGUUUAAAACUGGAAAACCAUCAGCUGCAUUGGUUCACUAACGCCUCAUUUCCUCUGAGCGGUUCUUAAUGCAAACCUCCUUCAUAAAAAAGUCAAACCAUCCUUUUAACAUCAGUUGUUUGUUUUUUUUUCCGUUUCAUAAAGUUGUAAUUCAAAGGAAACUGCUCGUUUUUAAAAUGUUGUCAGGUUUCCAGACGGAGCGGGUCUGAAUGUAGCUUCAUGAAAACACUUAGUGCCUCCUCUUCCUCUGUGACUCGGUGCCAUGGUGUCUUCCUAUCGCUUUUACUUCCCUUUUUGUUCUAAUUGUAAUUUCAUUUCCACAUUUCCUGUUUUCUAAUAUCUAUGUGUGUUUGUUCCUUAGUCAGCCUGGAAGCUGAUGUGAUUAAAAAAAUGUUUAUUUUAGGAGAGUUGAUUAUUAGUUUAUAGAUUAUCAGUUUUUAUCUUCCAUUAUGUCAGCAGAAAUACACUUAAAUUGUUUGGUUGUGUCUCAGUCAUUACAUUUGAGUUAUUUUGUUCAAACUUAAACAUUUAAUAGUUGCAAUGAACCACUAAUAUAUUUCUAUAGAAUGCCCUGACAUUUUACUAUUUUAGUAGUUAAAUCAGUGAGUUUAAUUCAUUUUUUCGUUAUCUAUAAAUAAUGUUUGUUAAUUUGUAAAUUUUUCUCUUUGUUCAUCUAAAGAAAAUGUAGCUUCACUGUAGCAUUGAACUUUCAAAGCUUUCGUCAUGUUUCCACCUGGGAUUAAUGAAGCUAGAUUUACUAUUUAAAGCCAUAUGCUGAGCUGUAAACUGCUGUAGCAACAAAACACAACAAAUCUUUGUAUUUAUUCAGAUUUUAACUGUUUCUCUGUUGAAAUGUUGACUUUAUUUUUCCUGUGAAGUCAGUAGCUGAUGGUUGAGAUGAAAUAAAGUGUUUGUGUCGUUAUAAUGAGCGAGCAGCUUCGGAUCUUUGUGUCGUCCCGUCUGAACCUCAGCUCUGUGUCAUGUGACCCAGGUAGCUGCUUCGCUUCGUGUUUCACUGAUGAACAUGAUGACUGCUGUGCCUGAUAGAUAACUUUAAAUAAAAACUAACUUUAUCUGAAA